CGCCUCUCAAGCUGCAGCUGGGCAGCACUCGGAGUCAGACACUCACGUAAAGGAAACUUUCAGUGGGAAAGCAGUGUGAAGUACAAGGUAUCCUCAGUUCUUGGAGGUGCAUUGUAAAUUGGCUCAGCAUGUGUCGAUUUGGUUGCUAGUUCAUCAAUUUUAUGGCGUCUCCAACAAGCCCGUUGGCGCUGUUUAUUUCAAAGUGCAGCACUUUAUGAUUCCCGGCCGAAGGAAGCAAAACGAUCUUACACCAUGCUGGAGUCAUAUGUCACCCCACUUUUGAUGAGCUAUGUGAACCGUUAUAUCAAAAAUCUGAAGCCAUCUGACUUGCAGUUGUCCCUGUGGGGUGGAGACGUGGUUCUAAGCAAACUUGAACUAAAGCUGGAUGUCCUGGAACAGGAACUGAAAUUGCCUUUUAAUUUCCUAAGUGGACAUAUUCAUGAAUUACGUAUCCAUGUUCCAUGGACAAAACUUGGUUCAGAGCCAGUGGUCAUUACUAUCAACACUAUGGAGUGUAUCCUAAAGCUAAAGGAUGGAGAGCAGGAUGAUCAUGAAAGCUGUGCCUCCAGCUCAACCAACCGCAGCACUACAGAGAGUGUUAAAUUAAUGGCCAAGCCACGACGUGUCCAACAGGCACACCCCGUUGACCCUGAUUUACCACCAGGCUAUGUGCAGAGCCUUAUACGUCGUGUUAUAAACAACGUUAACAUUGUAGUAAACAACCUGAUUUUAAAAUAUGUGGAAGAUGAUAUUGUUCUCUCUGUCAACAUAACAUCAGCAGAAUGCUAUACAGUUGAUGAAUUUUGGGAUCGGGCUUUCAUGGACAUCUCAGCUCCUGAUCUCGUCCUUAGGAAAGUCAUUAAUUUUUCUGAUUGCACUGUUUGCCUGGAUAAGAGGAACGCCAGUGGGAAAAUUGAGUUCUACCAAGAUCCACUCUUGUAUAAGUGCUCUUUUAGAACUCGCAUGCACUUCAGUUAUGAUAACAUCAACUCCAAGAUACCAUCUGUCAUUAAAGUUCAGACUCUUGUUGAAAGUCUUAAGCUGUCAAUUACAGAUCAGCAGCUGCCUAUGUUUAUUCGGAUAAUGCAACUAGCGAUUGCCCUGUAUUAUGGAGAAAUAGGUGGCCACAAAGAAGGAGAAGCUCAGGACAUGGGCACCCAUACCAAAGAAACAGUCAUUAAUAUCUCAGGGGAUGAAAGUGAAGCUACUUCUCCAGCUCAGCCUGGUGUACAGUUUCAAAACCCAGAGAUAUACUUACAGCAGGGAGAAGAUGAUCAGCAGGGCUGGAUGUCAUGGGCAUGGUCAUUUGUCCCUGCUAUCGUUGGUACAGGAGAAGAAAAUGAAGACAAGGAAUUUUAUGAUGAGACAGAUAUUGGGCUACAACAGCGUUUUCAGAGAUCUCUGAUCCAGAAGGAUCCCAUUGUAUCAGUUGGGUUUUAUUGCACUAAAGCUUCCAUCACAUUUAAGCUCACAGAAAUGCAAACUGAAAGCAGUUAUUAUAGUCCUCAGAAAGUGAAAUCCAAAGAAGUCCUCUGUAUGGAGCAAGAGGGGAUGGCAGUGGAGGUUCUUAUGAUGGGUGAAAAAUUUUUUGACUGUCAGUUUGGUUUUGUGGGUUGUCAGGCCUUAUGCCUUAAGGGAAUUAUUGGAGUUAAAGACUUUGAAGAAAAUAUGAACCGAUGUGAAACUGAUGCUGUUUUCUUCAAAUGUGGUGAAAACCUGAACAUUAAAGGAAUGACUUACCUCACCAAUUCCUUAUUUGAUUAUCGGAGUCCAGAAAACAAUGCAAUUCGUGCAGAGUUUAUAUUGGAUGGAACACAUCAUAAGGAAACUUACACAGAGAUAGCAGGUAUGCAGCGUUUUGGAGCUUUCUACAUGGAUUACCUGUACACAAUGGAAAAUAGCAGUGGCAAAGGUCUUGGGGUCCAGCCGGAGUAUUCUUUAAUUAACAAAGAUGAUGAUCAAUCUGUUAUCCAAGAGACGUCUGUCAAGCGACUUGUUGUUGGACUUAUGGAUCUCCGUCUUGAUAGCAGUGCUGUCCACAGAAUAUUAAAAAUGGUAGCCUGCGGUCUGGAACAUGAAUAUGAACCAUACAGUAGAGCAAAGUCAGAUACUGUGGAUGAAAACAGGAUACUACCAAGUGUUGAAGAUGUGGCUGCCCUGGAGGAGUUCAUUCCAUCUCGGCUUACUUCUGUCACAAUUUUGAAAAUGUCCAUUACUAUUCCAGUGGCCGAGUUCAACUUGCUUGAUUGCCUCUUACCUGUAAUUAUGGGCGAGAAGAAAUCUUCACCUCCUGUUAAUGCUUCUCCUUUCCAACCCUUACGACCUUUGCCUGCCCUGCAAAUACAGGUUGACAAGGUCAACGUGGAGCAUUCAGUGCCAAUGUAUGGAGACGAUCUUGUCAGUACUGUCAGCAGCCUUAGCCAGCCAUCUGACAAUCUUCUUCAUCACUGUUAUGCACACUGUUACCUUAAGGUAUUUGGUUUCCAGGCUGGCAUAACUUCUUUGGAUAGUGUGGGGUCAUUUCUUCCAUUAGCUGUAGUGGUUCCAUCUUUCAGCACUGCUCUUUAUGGGAAACUGUUAAGACUGCCAAUGUACUGGGCUAAGAGGCCUUUUGUUCCCAUUACAGAAUACAUUUUUGAACUCCCAUACUUUACAAUACAGGCCACCAGGGCUCAGACACUUCUAUUGCAAGCAAUUUGCCAGAGUUGGACUCAUAAUGUGGGUAGUGGGACACCUCCAGGAAUAAAUGAAGCUUUGCUAAGUGAAGUUUAUAAAGCACCAGGUGUGAAAUCUCAGAAUCUACUGCCAACUCUCGAGGGUUCCAUCCAGAACGUGGAAUUGAAGUACUGCAGCAAAUCUUUGGUAAAAUGUGCAUCUGGGACUGUGGGAUCAAUAAAAGUAUGUGCCAAAGCCCCAGGAACAAGUGAAAGUGUGAAGGAAAAAUUAAUUCCUAUAAUCCAAGGUCCUUCUGAUACUAAAGACCUGUAUAUGAGCAAGUGGCUUAAUGAAAGCAGAAAACCUGAAUCUCUUCUUGCUCCAGACUUAAUUGCCUUCACUGUACAAGUCCCACAGCAGAUGGAAGACUGUCAUAAUUCAGGUGCUGUGUUGCUAGCUAGCAUUCAGGGAUUCUCAAUCAAUGUGGACCCAGUCUUCUACAUGUGGUUGCUUCACCAGCCCCAGAGGAACAGCAGCAGACACACUACACAGCCUUCUGCAACAGCUCCUCUUGCAGUACCCAUCAGCAAGAAAAAAGAGGAUGAAGCCUCUGUUGGAAGUACACCAUUAGCAAAACAGCUGUCAAAUCAGGCCUCCGAAUAUGCCAGCAGCCCUGUAAAAACUAAAACAGCAACAGAAUCACGUCCAUUGUCAGUUCCAAUGAAAGUCAUUCAGAAUACACCAGAGAUUUAUGUGAGCCCUGAAGAAAAAAUGAAGGAGUUGAUUGGCGUGCUGUGGAAUGCUGUUAAAAGACUUACUUUGCAGCUUGAAGUGCAGUCCUGCUGUAUUUUCCUGCCAAGCGACACUCUGCCUUCUCCUAGCACCAUUGUGUCAGGGGAUAUUCCUGGGACUGUUCGCAGCUGGUACCAUAACCAGUCAAGAAUGCCAGCCACACUUGUCUUGUGCCUUCCCCAAAUAAAAGUUAUGAGUGCAGGACACAAGCACAUGGAACCACUGCAGGAGAUACCCUUUGUUGCAUCUCGACCUGUUCUUGAAGAAGGAGAUGCUUUCCCAUGGACCAUAAGCCUCAGUCAGUUCAGUGUGUAUACACUUCUUGGCCAACAGAAGUCAUUCAGCCUUUUGGAGCCUGUAGGCUGCACUUCAACUCUGGCGGUCACAUCACAUAAACUGCAGGCCCCAGGCACUGAAUGCAGACAUUCAUUUGUUGUGUGUCUGCAUGUGGACCUGGAAUCACUUGAGAUUAAAUGCUCAAACCCUCAGGUCCAGUUGCUAUAUGAACUUCUUCAUAGUAUAAAUACAACAUGGAAUAAGAUUCAGAAGAGGGGAAUUCUUCGUCAGUCAUCUAAUUACCAUGAAGUAACUGUAGGUGCGACUCCAAGUUCACCAGUCAGAAGUAGCUUUGGGACUGCACUUCCAGACACAAGCACUUGCAGCCCAUCCGCAGAUUUAGGUAGUCCAACUGAGGGCUAUUCCAUGCAAACUGGGGAUGAUUCUCCUUUCUCUGAUACAGCAACCUUGGAGCAAAAAACAAGUAACAUUGGAGGAUCAAGUGGGCGUGUUAGUUUGUGGAUGCAGUGGAUGCUGCCAAAGGUCACAAUGAAGCUUUUUGGGCCUGUUCCAGGAUUAAAGGGAACUGAAGUCUGCAUAAUAAGCGAACUCGAAGAUCUCAGUGCAUCUGUGGAUAUGCAAGAUGUCUACACAAAGGUCAAAUGUAAAGCUGGUAGCUUCAACAUUGAUCACUACAGAAGCAGCCUUGAAGAAGGCCAUCGGUCUCGGGGGCGUUUUGGAGGUGUCCUGCUUUCUUGUACUGACAAGCUGAACAGACGCACCUUGUUGGUCCGACCCACGAGCAAGCAAGACCCUUUCAGUCAUUUCUCUGGCUUUUUCCCUCCUCAGACUGCUGCCAAAGUUUUAGAAGUGUCUCACCAACAACAUGGAUUCCUUUCAGUCACAUACACCAAAGCGGUGACAAAAAAUGUGAGACACAAGCUGACAUCUAAGCAUGAGAAGAGCUCUCGAAGUCUGCAAAGACUCUCUGAAGGUCUGCUAGACUCGUCCCCUCAGUUCCUGCAUGAGAUUCUACUGACUACUCAGCCCUUUGAUGUGGUCCUCUCCUGCCCACUUCUGGCCACUGUUGUCAACAUUCUUCAGGUCGAGUUACCAAAGAGGGGUAAAGACAAAGGCAAGUCUGCCGGACAACCUAUGAGGACUCACACCUUGACAUCACACAGCCUUCCCCUCAUUUACAUCAAUACCAGUGUGAUCCGCAUCUUUCUGCCCAAUGUGGAAGAGGUGCAACAUGAAACAGCUGGAGGAUCCCUGAAAAAAGAAGACACCCUUGUCCUGAAGCUGGGCUCUUUAAGCAUGGCUCCUCAAGCUGACAACCCCCUAACCAGGACAGCACUGAGAAAAGACAUCUAUCAAAGAGCUUUAAAUCUUGGAAUAUUAAGAGACCCGGGUUCAGAAGUGGAAGAUCGGCAGUAUCAAAUCGACCUGCAGUCCAUUAAUAUUGGAACAGCACAUUGGGAUCAGCUGAAACCAGAAAAAGAGAGUGUGAAAGGAGGCACACUUGUGGAAAGUGAGAGAAAUUCCCAAAAUCCAGCCCUUGAAUGGAACAUGGCAAGCAGCAUCAGGCGUCAUCAAGAACGAAGAGCCAUUCUAACUCCCAUCCUGACAGAUUUCUCUGUACGUGUAACUGCAGCUCCAGCUAUUAUCUUCACAAAGCAGGUGUCUUCAGAUAAUUCCCAGACUGAGGAGAUUGUAGUGUGUGGCCAUUCUCUGGAAAUGAAUGUGACCACAAGCCUUGACUUCUUCCUCAGCGUCGAUCAAGUACAGCUUCUGCAGCAACUCGUCAGGGCCAACAUGGUGGGCCUUGAACCUUCCAGGAAGACUGCUGAGGUUUCUAUGCAAGAGCAAAAGAAAAGUGCUGCAAGCAAGAGUGGUUCAGCAGAGGCUUCUUCACGGCACAGCGGGGCUCAAGACAGUGGAUUUGGGAGCGACAGCGCAUGGAUCCGUAUUGUUCAGAUUGAGCAGAUGAGUGGCGCCAGUCACCACCGAAUUGCACGCCCCUUGCACAAGUCUUCCAUAGUGAAAAACCUUAACUUCAUUCCCUUUGAUAUCUUUGUGACGGCAAGCCGCAUUUCACUCAUGACAUAUUCAAGCAAGUUAGUGUCCAAACUUGGCAGUGGCACUCAGGAACAGACUGAGUGUGAGAGAGUGGGGAAAAGUGCAUUGAACGAACCUGAAUCUGACAGGGACACAGCAUCUAGCCAGAUGGACAGCAUUGCUCUGCUGACUGCUGAAGAGCUCUUAGGUGGCAAUGUGGUGACACCUCUAGAGCUUGUGCCUACCCCCAGCAGGUCAUCUGCCCGUCAAGCCCUAGGUGUCACAAUAGUAAGGCAGCCAGGCCGCCGAGGCCCCAGUGACAUCCAGCUAGAGCCUCUUCUGCAUCUGACAGUAUCCCAGCCAUCUUUCCUACUUAGCUGUCACCACCGAAAGCAGAAGCUGGAACUGUCCGUUUUUGACAUGGUAUUAAAAGGAGUUGCUCCAGAUUACAAGUGCACAGAUAUGGGGAAGACCCUCCCAGAAGCUUUGGAUUAUAGUGUCUUCUGGUUGCAAACAGCAGCAGGAGAAGCAGAUACCAAAACAGGCAUCCCACCUCCUCUUCUGUUACUGCAAAUCAGAGAUUUCCUGAAUGGACCAGCUGAGUUAAAUGUGGAAAUUUUAAGGCCACUGAAGGCAAACCCAACUCUCGUCAAACUAGAUCAGAUGAAUGAUUUUCUUACGAAGAUUAUUCCAGACUGCAGCUGUGAUGUCAACAAACAGGAUCUCACCAAAGAAGUCCAGGCACCCAAAGUUCAAAGUUCUGUCCAGGAUCAGGCAUCUGUAGUGAAAGACACAGUAGCUCAAGAGAAAGCAUGGAAGACUGUUGCUUUUUUCCAGAAGAUCUUUGUCCGUACGACUCAGAUAGUAAUUGUCCUGGAAAUGGAACCACAUCCCUGCAGACCUUCUUUGGUGCUUUCUGUUUCAGGUUGGACAGCCAGUGUUAACAUGAAGACUGGGCCCAAGGGGACAGACAAUCUUCUGGCAGCCUCCUUUCUCCUUGAACUGAACAAUCUGCUUGUGAAGAUUGGAUUUAACGAUCGAACCCGGGUUCUGCUUGGUCCAACUUGCUGCACUCUGGACACAGAAGCAAACUGGUGCCGUCACAGUGGCAACCCUGAUCUGCAGCAAUGCCUACCAAAACUGCUGAUUGACCUGAAGGGGGGCCUAAUGCAGAUUUUCUGGGGACAGGAGCACCUAAAUUGCAUAACUCUUCUCCUUGACCUCCUGGAAGAAUAUUAUAAGAAGAACGGCUUAUCCUUGAAAACGCCUGCAUGUCAGCCAACCCAGCACCUUGUUGUACCCACCUCAAACCAAUCCCAGAAAACAGAGCACACAUCAGAUGAUCUGAGGACUGGCUUGUUUCAGUACAUUCAAGACACAGGCUCCCAGAAGCUUCCCGGGAUUCAUGAGGUGGUGUUUUAUAACGAAACAGACGACAGUCCUGGAAUGAUGCUGUGGAGGUAUCCAGAGCCCCGUGUCCUGACAUUCGUCCGUAUAACUCCUGUGCCAUUUAACACUACAGAAGAUCCAGAUAUCAGUACUGCAGACCUUGGAGAUGUUCUACAGGUUCCUUGCACAUUAGAGUACUGGGAUGAACUGCAGCGCUCCUUUGUCUCCUACCGAGAAUUCAGCUUAUCUGAAAGUAAAGCCUGUGAGCUGCAGCUCCCCUGUAUGACUCAGAGCAGUGAGCAGAAGGAGCUGGUUGCUUCGGACCUUUGGAGGAUUGUCCUCAACAAUAACCCUGAUGCCACCGAUGAGCAGAGCUCUGACAGUGAAUGCGGCUCUCAAAUCCCAUGUGACCAGCUGGUGUCUCCGACUGCCUUGGCUGCCUGUACCCGGGUAGACUCUUGUUUUGCUCCUUGGUUUGUUCCAUCCAUUGGUGUUUCCUUACAACUAGCCUGCUUAGAGUUCCAUUUCUGCCAUCACCUUGAUCAACUGGGAAAAGUUCCACCUAGAUGUCUCAAGCCCUUCAUCUCUGACAAAAAGCUUCCAGCUGAGCAGGAAUAUCUGGUCGUGUCCCUGAAAGAGCCACGGGUGUAUAUCCGCCAGUGGAGCACCAUCUCCAUCUGUCGAGAGCUUCAGUUCUCCACUGAGCUAGAAUGCAAGCUUCUUGAAUUCCGGAACUUGACCUUGCGCAGUUUGGUGAAGCCUUUCAUAGUCCAGGGUCAGGUUGCCACUUCAGGUUUUCCCAAGGAACAGCUCUUUGACGGCAGUGUGUUUGUGGAGCCACUUUUGGUGGAUGUAGGCCAGUACAGCAUUCAUACACUGGAUACUGCUCUUUGGGCAUGGCAGCAGAACCAGCAUCCAGAAGCAGAGGAGUUGGUCUUCAGCCACUUUGUGAUCUGUAAUGACACACACGAGACACUGCGGUUUGGCCAGGUGGACACCGAUGAAAAUGUGCUGUUGGCAAGUCUUCACUGUCAUCAGUACAGCUGGCGCUCACACAAGUCCCCACAGCUGCUCCACAUCUGUAUAGAAGGCUGGGGGAACUGGCGAUGGUCCGAGCCUUUCAGCGUGGACAACGUGGGCACCUUCAUCCGAACAAUCCAGUACAAGGGGCGGACGGCAUCACUCAUCAUCAAGGUCCAACAGCUCAAUGGUGUCCAGAAGCAAAUCAUCAUCUGUGGCCGACAAAUCAUGUGCAGCUACCUGAGCCAGGACAUUGAACUAAGGGUAGUGCAGCACUACAUCGCCGCUGAUGGGCAAACUGUGGUAAAGGAGCACAUCGAUUGUCUUAGUGCUGGGCAGAAGCUGGCUUCCUAUGUCCUCGAGAACUUGGAGCUGACUGAGCUGUGCGUUCGGGCUAAAGGAGAUGAAGAGUGGUCAAGAGAUGUGCACCUGGAGUCCACGCUGACAGACAGCAGCUGCAUCAUCCAGGUCCCAUGUUCCAGUGGCUCACUGCUGUAUGUCUGGUGCACCAUCCUGAUCCUUGAACCAGAGUCUCAGAUUCAGCAACGAAUGGUGGUCUUCUGUCCCCUCUUUAUUAUGAGAAGUCACCUCCCAGAUCCAGUUAUCAUUCACAUUGAAAAGAGAAGUCUGGGACUGAAGGAUUCUCAGAUCAUACCGGGCCAAGGCCAAGAGGAGCCGCUGCUCAACGUGGAGUCGGACCUGAUGCACCACUUGACUUUCCAAGCCAGGGAGGAAGAUGAAGCCUCUCGGUGUGCUGUUCCUGUCUCUACUGCUCUGAUCAAGCAAAUUGUGUCAAAGACUCAAGCAGCCGGGAGUUGCGCUCAGAUCCUUUCAGACUUUUUUGCAGCAGGACAUUCCUCCCUCUUUCCGUGGCCUUAUGUCAAGAAAGACAUUGACAGAAGUGCCAGUGAGCAGCUGGCACAAUGGGAUAGCCCCAUGCAGGUGAAGCUCUCCGCCUGGAAGCCCUGCCUGAACACCAUCCUCAUCGAGCUGCUGCCGUGGGCCCUGCUUGUCAACCAGUCCAAGUGGGACCUCUGGCUCUUCGAAGGCGAGAAAAUCGUCCUACUGAUCCCUGCAGGAAAAGUCAUUGUCCCGCCCAACUUCAAGGAACCUUUUCAAAUUGGAAUCUACUGGGCUGACAGCAACACGGUGCACAAGUCAAGCGCCCUGAAGCUGGAGCAUGACCUUAUGUCUCCUAAGUGGAAGGAUGGCACCAGCACAGAGGUGGUCUCACUUGAUGAGGAGGGAUUUGUGCAUGUUGAUAUCAAGCUGGGCGCCUUCCCAGGCCAUCAGAAACUUUGCCAGUUCUGCAUUUCUUCGGUGGUGAGGCAUGGAAUUCAAAUACUGCAGAUUGAAGACAGGACGAUUGUACUGAACAACACUCCGUACCAGAUCUUUUACCAAGCUGUGAUGUCUACUGAUGUGGACAUUUCGUCACUAACGGCAGAUGAGCGUGUGUCCACACCAGACAUCUCUGUGUUCCCCCUCAGCCCAGAUGGCAGCCAAGUCCCUUCACAGCCCAGUUCAGUUCCAUGCUGGGAUUUGCUCAGUGAUACCAGCCAGUGUGAUGUUGAAGCUCCACUCCUCCGCAAACACAUGCUUCUGAGCUUCUCAGCUGCCUCUAGAGCCGCCGGCACAGGAGGCCUUAGUGACUGCUGGAGUCUGCCAGCUCCGAUUAGACAAGAUUUUCCAAGGCAGAGCGUGGCCGUGCCCAUCCAACCCUGCAUGGAGAGUGAAUUCUGCACCAGAGCUAUCAUCCUGACCAAACAAGAACAUCUGGGAGUCGACUACAUCCUGCUAAAAGAAGACCCCAGCCCCCGGAUGAUAAUCACCAAUAGGUGCUCGGUGCCAUUCCUGCUGAAGGAGAACCUUAGAGACUCGCCCAAGUUCAACAUUCAUUGCCGAACACUUCUGUCCAACUCCUCCGUACACUACGAGCUCUACCAUCAUGCCUCCAGCUUCCCAGACUGCAAGAGCAAGGAUACUUUGCCUAGCAUCUUGUUGAAAACUCCUUGCGCAGACAAAGAAGACUGGAGUAACGCCAUCGACAUCAACUGCCCCGGAACUCAGGUGGUCUUUCUAACGGGAUACGGCUGCCUGUAUGUGGAUGUGCUUCACCACUGCAGCACAGUGACGCUCAUCCUGUCACCCAAGGGACGGGCAGAGGCAGCCAUCACUACCUUUCCCAGAGCUAUGAAGCCAGUGGUUGCAUUCAGGGUGCUUUUCAGCGAGGUGGGUCUGGUGGUGCGCGAUGACAUCACGAACCAUAAGGUGUCAACUGAGCUGCUACGGCUGACCCUCGCCAAGAUCCUGCUCAACAUGACCCCAGCACCAGAAAGCUCCAAGUUCUCCCCACCAGAAUUUAGCGUGGUGGCCUCAGAGGUGCUCUCUGAACUGUACACAUUGGAGGUGUGCAUUGGAAGCCUACAGUUGGACAAUCAGCUCUACAACCGAGCCAGCUUUCAUUUUCCUGUGUUACUCUGCCAGGAGCAGAAAGCCGACAUCACACAAUGGACUCGUGACUCCAAUCCAGCUCUCUCUCUGAGGGGUCUCCAGGAGUACAGGGAAAGUUGCUUUAUGCAGGUGUGCCUCAUGCUCUCUCACACUUGCAGCUUUGCUUACGGUGUCGACGAAGUGACAUUUGAGCUGAAGCCCGCCAGGCUUUAUGUGGAAGACACCUUUGUUUACUAUAUCAAGACGCUUUUCCACACAUACAUCCCUGACAGACUGCUUCACGGUAACCCAGGGAAGGUUUCUGGCUCUUCAGCAUGGCUGCAAUGUCCUGAGCAAGUAGAGCAGUCCCUCAGAGCACUGGUCCACCCUGUGAAGCUACAGAAGUUAACUCUUCAACCAGUCAACCUUCUGGUUAGCAUUCAUGCCUCGCUGAAGCUCUACAUUGCCUCUGAUCACACGCCCCUGUCUUUCUCUGUGUUUGAAAGAGGGCCCAUCUUCACCACUGCCCGGCAGCUCAUCCAUGCCCUUGUGAUGCACUAUGCAGCAGGAGCGUUGUUCCGUGCCGGCUGGGUUGUUGGCUCUCUAGAAAUCUUGGGGAGCCCGGCGAGUCUAGUCAGGAGUAUAGGCAACGGUAUUGCGGACUUCUUCAGGCUUCCUUAUGAAGGGCUGACUCGAGGCCCGGGGGCUUUUGUGAGUGGAGUGUCCCGGGGCACCACAUCCUUCGUGAAGCACAUAUCCAAAGGCACCUUGACAUCAAUUACCAACUUGGCCACCAGUCUGGCACGAAACAUGGACCGUCUGUCUCUGGAUGAGGAACAUUACAACCGGCAGGAGGAGUGGCGACGGCAUCUCCCGGAGAGCCUGGGAGACGGCUUGCGGCAGGGCCUGUCUCGUCUAGGGAUCAGUUUGUUAGGAGCGAUUGCCGGAAUCGUAGAUCAGCCCAUGCAGAACUUCCAGAGGACCUCUGAGACACAAGGAUCAGCAGGUAGCAAAGCCAAAGGCGUCAUCUCAGGAGUCGGGAAAGGAAUUGUUGGUGUUUUCACCAAACCGAUUGGAGGGGCAGCGGAGUUAGUCUCCCAGACAGGAUAUGGUAUUUUACAUGGGGCAGGACUCUGUCAGCUUCCCAAGCAGCUCUACCUACCGAUUGAAGGGCAGGCCACACAAGCCUCAAACAGCCAUUUGAAAUACGUCUGGAAAAUGCUGCAGUCCUUGGGGAGGCCAGAGGUGUCCAUGGCCCUCGACGUGAUGAUCGUCAGCGGCUCGGGUCAGGAACACGAGGGAUGUCUGCUGCUAACUUCAGAGGUGCUUUUUGUGGUCAGCCUCAGCGAGGACACACAACAGCAGGCCUUCCCAGUCACGGAGGUUGAUUGUUUCCAGGACCCAGACCAGGACACUCAGCUUAGGGUGGUGCUAAAGCAGCAGCGAGUGGCGUGUGACGUGGAGGUUGAGGGUGCAAGAGAGAAACUUUCUGAACAGCAGUAUAACCGACUUGUGGACUACGUGACCAGGACAAGCCAGCACAUGGUGCACGGCAGCAGCUGUAGCCUCCCUUCAGAGCAGUCUCCGCUGGCGCCUGUUGAACCCCCGCCUAACACCAUCAAGACAUACAAAUAUCUAGUGGAGCCGCACUGUGCAACAGUCUUUGUCAACAAGUUUGCAAUGGUCAAGAACAAGGCCCUGAGGAAAGGGUUCAACUAAAUGAACUUGUUCUUUCAAUUCAAACAAACUACAAAAAAACACGAGAAUGAGCUCUGCAGGCCUAGGAAAAAGUGAAACCACCAAGGGUUUUAGAAUGGGGCUUGUGGUGGGAGUAGUGAACAGUGGCCACCCAAGAGCUCAGGAUCUUUUAACAGUUUCUUCUGCAGUAUGACUGUGCUGAAGUCGCCAGCCGUCACAUAUGUAUCAGGUGGGAGGCGGUGCGCUGAUUCACAGACGUCAUUCAUACAGUUUUUAGUUGCUGCUGUCAGGUUUUUAACUCACUGAACUUGUAAAGAAGAUUCCAAAGGAACAAAACUAGUGUGUAAUAACAGAAUAUGUGGCCGUUUGUGGGGCUGCAUUAUUUUUUAAAUAAUCUAUUGAGGUUUACUGCUUUUUGAAUUGAAGAAAAUGAAGAAUGAAAUGAGUGCCUUUCCUGUAACCUUCACUUUGUACAAAUGUGGGACUGCCCUUCCAGAUCAUGUAUAACUCAAGUUUGUUUUAUAAUUCUAAAAAGAGUCAGAGAUAUUUAAAAGAAAUCACUAAUAAAUGGUAAGAAUGA